GUGAGAAAAGUCGUGUUUGGAAUUCAAAAGUGAAGAACUACGUAUCCAAGGUACCCUUCGAUGAAUCCAAACUUUGGACUCUAUGUCUAUGCAUCCAAGUGCUGAGAUCAACCCUGAUUAUUGGGUUUGAUCCAUUUCAAGUUGGCGCCAAGAGGCAGAAAUGAAGAAGCGGCGAGUAGCGGUGUUCUCAUUCGGCACACGCGGCGAUGUAUUGCCUGUGGCGGUGGUGGCAGACAGCUUAGCCAGGGCCGAUCGAAGCGCAAGCAUCACGUUUAUCACUCAUGAAGCGCACCGCGAUUUGGAAACUCGUUUGGCACGAUCUGGGGUUGCGUUUGUGGGAGUAUCGGCUCCGCCGGUGCUUCCCGGACGCACCGCAGCUUCUUCGGAGGCAGAAAUUGGCCACUCGUCGGGUGCUUCGGAGGAUGACGAUAGACAGCUGAGAGAAGCUCUGGAGAUGGAACUUCGAGAAGAAUGUCUUACGGCAAUGGAUUCUGUCAUGGGAGCAGCGGAUGACGCUGAGGGCAACGCUGUGAUUUUCAAUUUUUUUGCUCUUGAAGGAUGGCACUUGGCGGAGCUCUACCGAGUGCCGUGCACGGUCCUGGCUCCCUACGUGGUGCCAUACAGCGCUCCCUCCUCGUUUGAAAGACGUUUUCGCGCGGCGCACCCCUUGUUGUACAGAAGACUCCAGGAGGCUGCGCCAGGAGAAGUGGGGUGGAAAGAGGUAAUGCAUUGGAUGUGGCCCCUGUUUACGGAUCGCUGGGCAGAGUGGCGAUUGCACCGGCUCCAUCUUAGCGCUUGCCCGCUUACAGAUCCUGUCACAGACCUCCCGCUUGUAUACGAGUGGCCGCAGGCGCCUCACCUCUUGUAUGGCUUCAGUGUUUGUGAAUCCAGUUCACAGGUGGUGGAAUGCCCUGCGUAUUGGCCAAGUAGCAUUAGCGUAUGCGGAUUUUGGUUUACCCCACUGGAGUGGGACGUAGCGCCUGAGGUCAAUCCCGGAUUGUCGGUAGUUCAAGCCAAGCCGAAGAGCCUCAAAGGACCUGCAAGCUUUAGGGGAGCACCCUUGGACCUUGUAGUUAGGCAGUCGUGUUUGGUGACUGAAACAUUACAACAUGGUAAGCAAUCUAUACAGGCUGUAAAGAAGACGACCCUUUCUACUCAUAAUUUUCAAUUAGAAUGUAACCCAGAAGAAAAUCCUCAACUUGAGAUCUUUGCAGGCAGCACGAAGAAGCGGAGCUACAAACCACCUGUAAAGCUGGGUCACUUCCUUUCAGAGCACAAAUUUGAUGAAUCUGAAAACAAAGAUGAUCGGCCGAUAUUUUUAGGGUUUAGUUCAACAGGAAACAUGGGCUUCUUAGAACGACCAGGGUCUAUGUUAAAAGUUCUUAAAGCUGUUUUGGAGGCAACUGAUAGUUCAGCGAUUCUUUUCACUGCCGGUCAUCCGCCUCUUGAUCUCGAGGUCACCGAGUUAUGUGACGAGAACCUUUCAACUCAGUAUUUAGAAGCAGAGCAGAAGAGAAAUCUUUUGCAGGAGGGAUUGUGCUGCUUCAAUGGUCGCCUCUUCUGCUACUCAGGCUCUGUCCCUUAUCUGUGGCUACUUCCUCACUGCUCGGUAGCAAUUCAUCACGGUGGUAGCGGCACCACUGCAGCUUGCUUGAGAGCAGGCACCCCGCAGAUUAUCUGUCCAUUUGUGUUAGACCAAUUCUACUGGGCGGAGCGUAUGACAUGGCUUAGAGUUGCACCGCAGUCUUUAACACCUCAACUCCUUAUGCCUGACAUGUCCUCCUCUGAGAAUUUCCACGAUGCUGUGAAAGUGAUAUCAGCUGCAAUUAGGGAAGCCCGUAGCGUGGAGAUGAAGCUCUGCGCUUCUUCCUUGAGUGUGAAGCUUGAAGGCGAGGAUGGAACUAGUGUGGCUGUGAGCAUCUUGAGAACAUUACUGUGUAAAUAAUGUUGCAGGUCGCCACGCAAAACUCCACCAGGAGGUUGGAUCUUCCGUAGUUUUCGAAUGCGCAUCGGGCACCACAGUGACUGUAUCAGUCAUGUGGAUAUAAUCCGGGGAUCAAAAAUAAUUUAAGGGACAAUUCAGCUCAGACAUACAAUUA